UCCGACAAGCGAGCAGGUCAGUUUCGUCUAGCUCUUUUACGGACAUGGAUUUCACCGGCAAAGUAGUUCUAAUCACUGGUGCAAGCAGUGGGAUUGGGGCCGCCACAGCAAAGCAUUUUACCAAAUUGGGUGCCCAGGUGGUAAUGACCGGUAGGAAUGCCGACAGCCUCAAGAAAUGUGGAGCGGAAUGUGUAGGAAAGCAGAAGCCUUUGCUGUUGCUGGCCGACGUGACAAAGCAGGAAGACAAUGCUCGGGUUAUUGAGGAAACGAUCGGGAAGUUUGAUAAGUUGGAUGUGCUGGUGAACAACGCUGGUAGGGGAGUAUUUGGAAGUAUCGAAACCACGAGUUUGGAUCAACUGGACGACAUGCUGAACAUCAACUUGAAAGGAGCUUACCAUCUGACGAUGCUGGCCGUCCCUCAUCUGAUCAAAAGCAAAGGAAACAUCGUAAACGUUUCGAGCAUCACUGGGUUGAAACCAUUCCCCAACUCUUUAGCGUAUUGCAUAUCAAAAGCCGCUUUGGACCAAUUCACAAAGGUGAUUGCUCUUGAACUUGCACCGAAGAAGGUCCGAGUUAAUUCAGUGAAUCCAGCGGUUAUUGCAACUGAUUUCCAGAACCGCGAAGGUAUGAGCCCUACACGGUACGCAGCCUUCGUGAAGCACAGCGAGACGACACACGCGCUUGGUCGGAUUGGACAACCCAGAGAGGUAGCCGAAGCUAUAGCUUUCCUCGCGGCGGAUUCAGCCAGCUUUAUCACGGGAACUAUCCUCGCUGUCGAUGGCGGAAGGACCAUUAUGGGACCGAUAUAGAAAACUUCCGUUCAAAACUUGGUUUGAUGCCAUGUCAGUUUCCCAAAAACUAUCUGACUAAACUCAUAUUUGAUAUAAGUUCAAUUAAAUGAUAAUUGUUAAGCAAAACCAA